UGAGUCGAAGGAAAAACUUCAAACCAAGUUGAGGCGACUCCGAGGUAGCACCGCGGGAAGACAAAGCUCGGUCAGCGGCCCAGUUUCCACCACUAUUUGCCUCCGUUUGAACAAGAACCGUUACAGGAAAAUUGCUGAGAGGAGCGGUGAAAGAUGCCGGUCACCGAGAAGGACCUGGCGGAGGACGCUCCGUGGAAAAAGAUCCAGCAGAACACCUUCACGCGCUGGAUCAACGAGCACCUGAAGUGCGUCAAUAAACGGAUCGCGGACCUGCAGCUGGACCUGGGCGACGGCCUCCGCCUCAUUGCCCUCCUGGAGGUCCUGAGCCAGAAGAACAUGUACAGGAAAUAUCACUCCAGGCCCAACUUCAGGCAGAUGAAGCUGGAGAACGUGUCGGUGGCUCUGGAGUUUCUGGAGCGGGAGAACAUCAAGCUGGUUUCCAUAGACUCUAAAGCCAUUGUAGAUGGGAACCUGAAACUGAUCCUGGGUCUGGUCUGGACUCUGAUCCUGCACUACUCCAUAUCCAUGCCAAUGUGGGAGGGUGAGGAAGCAGAGGCAGAGUCAAAGACCCCCAAACAGCGUCUGCUGGGCUGGAUCCAACACAAAGUUCCCGAUCUGCCGAUCAACAACUUCAGUCAGGACUGGAGGAACGGGAAGGCACUGGGAGCACUGGUGGACAGCUGUGCUCCAGGUCUCUGUCCGGACUGGGAGACGUGGGAUCCAGUAAAACCAGUAGAGAAUGCCACUGAAGCCAUGCAGCUCGCUGAUGAGUGGCUGGGCAUCCCACAGGUGAUUGCUCCAGAGGAGAUUAUCGACCCCAGUGUGGAUGAACAGUCAGUGAUGACCUACCUGUCCCAGUUCCCCAAAGCCAAACUAAAGCCUGGAGCUCCACUCAAACCCAAGCUCAACCCAAAGAAGGCCCGCGCUUAUGGACCUGGUAUCGAGCCGACUGGAAACCAGGUUCUCCGUCCGGCUGUCUUCACCGUGGACACGUUCAGCGCGGGUCAGGGACAAGUCACUGUCUACCUGGACCAUCCAGAUGGCACCCGAGAGGAGCUGAAGGCUGAGCCUAACGAGGGAAAGAAGACGUACAGCGUCGUGUACGUUCCUAAGGUCAUGGGACCUCACAAGGUGACGGUCCUGUUUGCAGGACAGCAGAUUCCCAAAAGUCCGUUUGAGGUGAAUGUGGACAAGGCGACGGGCGAUGCCUCUAAAGUCACGGCCAAGGGUCCGGGAAUCGAGCUUGUGGGCAACGUCGCAAAUAAACCCACCUACUUCGACAUCUACACUGCAGGAGCCGGUACAGGAGAUGUGACGGCCAUGAUCCGAGACCCGCAGAACCGCCAGAAUAGCGUGGAGGUGAUGAUGGAGGAUAAAGGUGACAGCGUGUACCGCUGCACCUACCGACCGACGCAGGCCGGACCGCACACAGUCACUGUCACCUUUGGGGGCAUGGGGAUCCCCCGGAGCCCCUUCAGCGUGGACGUGGGACCUGCCUGCGCUCCAGGCGCCUGCAGGGCAACAGGUCGCGGUCUGCAGCCGUCAGGGUUAAGGGUGAAGCAGAUUGGAGAUUUUAAAGUGGACACCAGGAAUGCUGGAAGUGGAGACCUGAAGGUGCUUGUCAAAGGACCCAAGGCAAUCGAUGAGCCGCUGAAGCAGCUCUCUAGUCAGGAUGGUGUGUUCUCCUACGAGUAUUACCCCAGCAGUCCUGGCAAAUACACAGUCUCCAUCACUUGGGGGGGUCAGCACAUCCCAAAGAGUCCGUUUGAUGUGGCAGUCGGUCCGGAGGCGGGGCCUCAGCAGAUCAGGGCCUGGGGUCCUGGUUUGGAGGGAGGCAUUGUGGGUAAACCAGCUUCCUUUGUAGUGGAGUCCAUUGGCACUGAUGUUGGAGUUCUGGGUUUUGCCAUCGAAGGGCCUUCUCAGGCUAAAAUUGAGUGUGAGGACCAGAACGAUGGCUCAUGCGACGUCCGCUACUGGCCAACAGAAGCUGGUGAAUAUGCGGUCCAUGUGACCUGUGAUGAGGAGGACAUUGAGCACAGCCCCUUCAUGGCCUACAUCAUCCCCGACAAUGACGCCAACCACCCUGAGAAGGUUCGGGCGUAUGGCCCCGGUCUUGAGAAAACCGGCUGCCUGGCGAACCAACCUGCCGAGUUCACCGUGAAGGCUGAAGGUGCCGGGAAAGGACCUCUGAAAGUUACAGCCCAGGAUGCCGACGGGCUCCCUGUGGAGGUGAAGGUCCGUAGUAAAGGUGAUGGAGUCUAUCAGUGCUCCUACACACCCUCCUCCUCUCUCAAACACACCAUCUCCAUCACCUGGGGAGGAGUCAGCAUCCUUAACAGCCCCUUCAGGGUGAAUGUGGGGAAAGGAAGUCAUCCCGACAUGGUGAAGGUGUUCGGUCCUGGAGUGGAGAGGAGCGGACUGAAGGCCAACGAGCCGACACACUUCACUGUAGACUGUUCAGGAGCUGGAGAUGGUGACGUCAGCGUGGGCAUUAAGUGGGAUUCCAGCACGCUCGGCGGCAAAGAGGCUGACGUGGACUUUGACAUCAUCCCCAACGCCAAUGACACGGUCACCGUCAAAUACGUCCCUCCCGCUGCAGGAAGACUGACCGUUAAAGUUCUGUUCACUGACAAGGAAGUUCCUUACAGCCCCUUCAUCGUAAAAGUGGAUCCGUCCCACGAUGCAUCAAAGGUGAAAGCGGAAGGACCAGGACUUGCUCGCAAAGGUGUAGAGAGCGGGAAGCCGACUCAUUUCACAGUGUUGACCAAAGGAGCAGGCAAAGCACCGCUGGAUGUUUCCUUCUCUUCUCCCGUCAAAGACUUUGACAUCAUCGACAACUAUGACUACUCUCAGACUGUCAAAUACACACCUGCCCAACAGGGGGAGAUGACCAUCUUUGUGACAUUUGGAGGAGAUCCAGUUUCCAGGAGUCCCUUCACGGUUGGUGUUGCUGCUCCUUUGGACCUCAACAAGGUUGCCGUGGACGGCCUGGAUGGAAGGGUGGAGGUGAACAACAAGCAGCAGUUUGAGGUGAACACCAAAGGUGCAGGAGGUCAAGGUCACCUGGAGGUGGAAAUACUGAGUCCGAGCCAGCGAGCUGUUCGUUGUAAGGCAGAACCUCUACCCGAAAACGCAAACGUCAGUUUGAUCCACUACACCCCAACAGAAGAAGGGGUGUAUGCUGUCAACGUCUCCUAUGAUGGACACCCCAUACCAGGGAGCCCCUUCCCCGUGGAGGCCCACCUGCCUCCAGACCCCAGCAAGGUGAAGGCAUCUGGACCCGGUCUGAAGGGAGGCCUGGUGGGAAACCCAGCCGAGUUCGCCAUCGACACCAAAGGUGCUGGCACCGGAGGUCUGGGCCUGACCGUGGAGGGUCCGACCGAGGCUAAGAUUGAGUGUUCUGAUAAUGGAGACGGGACCUGCUCAGUCUCCUACCUUCCCACCGAGCCCGGAGACUACCUGGUCAACAUUCUGUUUGAAAAUGUCCACAUCCCCGGCUCGCCUUUCAGAGCUGACAUCCAGAUGCCCUUUGACCCUUCCAAGGUGGUGGCCUCAGGCUCCGGUCUGAAGAGGGCAAAGGUUGGAGAGAUAAGUGUUCUGAACGUGGACUGCUCUCUUGCUGGACCGGGCCAGCUCAGCCUGGAAGCAGUACCAGACUCUCCCAGUAGCCCUACUGGUUCUGGACUGGGUUCAGGUGUGAAAGCGAAGACGGAGGUAGUGGACAACAAAGACGGGACGUACACGGGGACCUACGUCCCCCUGACCUCCGGCAUGUACACCCUGAUGCUGAAGUAUGGAGGAAAAGCCGUCCCCGGUUUCCCUGCUAAAGUCACGGUGGAUCCGGCUGUCGACACCUCCAAAGUCAAAGUGUUUGGACCUGGUGUGGAGGGACAAGCCAUUUUCAGAGAAGCCACCACUGAGUUCUCGGUGGACGCUCGCCCUCUGACCCGACGAGGAGGUGACCACAUUAAGGCAGAGGUCAAGAACCCAUCCGGAACGCUGACUAACUGUGAGGUCAUCGACAACGCCGACGGGACCUACAGCGUGGAGUACACUCCCUUUGAGAACGGUCUCCACCGUGUCAAUGUUCUGUACGACGACACUCCGGUUCCUAAGAGUCCAUUCAGAGUUUCUGUGUGUGACGGAUGCGAUCCCAGCAGGGUGGUCGCUGCCGGACCAGGACUCCAACAGGCCCUGACGGACCAACCCAACAACUUCAGCAUCACCACCAGGGGAGCAGGGAUUGGUGGGCUCGGCAUCACCGUGGAGGGUCCGUCAGAGUCCAAAAUGACCUGCAAAGACAACAACGAUGGCAGCUGCAGCGUUGAGUAUGUCCCGUUCAUGCCGGGCCUCUACGAUGUCAACAUCACCUACGGAGGAGAACACAUCCCAGGAAGUCCGUUCAAGGUCCCGGUGAAAGAUGUGGUUGACUCCAGUAAAGUCAAAGUGUCGGGCCCAGGCGUAGGGUCAGGGGUCAGGGCAAAUAUCCCACAAUCCUUCACUGUGGACUGCAGGAAGGCUGGUGAGGCCCCUCUGGCUGUGGUGAUCACAGCUCCUAAAGGAGUCCCAGAGCCGGUGGAGGUGACGGACAAUGGUGACGGCACUCACACGGUGUCCUACACACCGUCAACCGAGGGACUCUACUUCGUCUCUGUCAAGUACGCAGAUGAGGACGUCCCCCACAGUCCCUUUAAGUUCAGAGUUCUGCCGACUCAUGAUGCCAGUAAAGUGCGAGCCAGCGGCAUGGGUCUGACCAACGGCGUUCCCGCCAGCUUCCCUGUCGAGUUUGAUAUCGAUGCCAGAGACGCCGGCCAGGGCCAGCUGAGCGUCCAAAUCACGGACCAGGACGGUAAACUGAAGCAGCCCAGCAUCCAUGACAACGGAGCAGGGAUGUACACUGUGUCCUACAUCCCCGACCGCACCGGGCGCUACACUAUCGUCAUCAAAUACGGGGGAGACGACAUCCCCGCUUCGCCGUACAGAGUCCGUGCCUCGCCUACUGGAGACGCCAGCAAGUGCACGGUCACCGGUCCAGGCGUGGGUCCCACGGUGGCCAUCGGGGAGGAGCUGGGCCUCGUGGUGAACGCUAAGGCUGCUGGGAAGGGGAAGGUGAGCUGUGUGGUGGUUCAGCCUGAUGGCACUGAAGUGGAGGCUGAAGUGUUUGAGAAUGAAGAUGGCACCUUUGACAUUUUCUACACCGCACUGGCGCCCGGUAACUACGUCAUCUACGUCCGGUUUGGAGGGGAAAACAUCCCCCGCAGCCCGUUUAAAGUCAUGGCUACUGAUGAAGUUCCCAUCAUGCAACAGCAGAUGCCCCAACAAAAACAGGCAGCUUCCCCUGGAGUUGGCUUCCAGUCUUGGGUGAUGCCGGAAAACUACAAAUCGGUCAGCAGUAGCGUGAACGGCAGCGGCUUCCGACCGUUCGACAUGGUGAUCCCGUUCUCCUUCAGGAAGGGAGAAGUCACUGGUGAAGUGGUGAUGCCUUCAGGCAAAUCUGCUCAGCCUCUGAUCACAGACAAUCAGGACGGGACGGUGACUGUUCAGUACUCCCCCACCGAGGCCGGCCUGCAUGAGAUGCACAUAAAGUACAACGGCACACACAUACCAGAGUCUCCGCUCCAGUUCUACGUGAACCAUGCCAGCAGUCCAAGCGUGACGGCCUACGGUCCCGGAUUGAGCUACGGCGUCGCCAACAAGCUGGCAACCUUCACCGUCUACACAGAGGACGCCUCUGAAGGAGGUCUGGACCUGGCCAUCGAGGGUCCGUCCAAAGCAGAGAUCAGCUGUGUGGACAACAAGGAUGGGACAUGCAGUGUUUGCUACCUGCCCUCUCUGCCCGGAGAUUACAACAUCCUGGUUAAAUAUAACGACGAGCACAUUGCCGGCAGCCCCUUCACCGCCAGGAUAACGGAGGACAACCAGCGGCAUUCUCAGGUCAAACUGGGGUCUGCUGCUGACUACUUCCUGGACAUUAAUGAGACAGACCUGAGUGUGCUGACCGCCAGCAUCAGGGCGCCGUCCGGACGCGAUGAGCCCUGUCUGCUGAAGAGGAUGCCCAACAAUCACAUCGGAAUCUCCUUCAUCCCCCGGGAGGUGGGAGAGCACCUGGUCAGCAUCCUGAAGAAUGGGCGGCACGUCGCCAACAGUCCCAUCACCAUCAUGGUGGUCCAGUCUGAGAUCGGCGACGCCGGGCGCGUCAAGGCUCACGGCAACGGCCUCAUUCAGGGAACCACCUUCAACAACUCCAGCUUUGUGGUGGACACGCGAGAGGCCGGCUAUGGUGGCCUGGCUCUGGCCAUCGAAGGUCCCAGUAAGGUGGACAUCCAGACUGAAGACUUGGAGGAUGGGACCUGCGGAAUCACCUACUGUCCCACCGAACCUGGAAACUACAUCGUCUCUGUCCGAUUCGCUGAGGAACACGUCCCAGGAAGUCCGUUCACAGUGCGGGUGACUGGUGAAGGGCGCAUACGUGAGAGCAUCACUUGCCGGCAGAAAGGGCCAUCUGUUGCUGGUGUGGGGAGUGUGUGUGAUCUCAACCUGAAGAUACCAGCUGCUGACAUGCAGGACAUUACUGCAGAAGUCACUUCGCCGUCUGGAUCCAGGCAGCCUGCUGAGCUGGUUGCCAUUGGCAACGAUACAUACUGUGUCCGAUUCGUGCCCACAGAGAUGGGCGUGCACAGAGUGAGCGUGAAGUACAGGGGUGUGCAUGUGCCGGGCAGCCCCUUCCAGUUCACUGUGGGGCCGCUGGGAGAGGGAGGCGCUUCCAAGGUCACAGCGGGAGGUCCAGGACUGGAGGGAGCGCUGGCAGGCGAAGCAGCGGAGUUUAGCAUCUGGACCAGGGAGGCGGGAGCCGGUGGUCUGUCCGUGGCGGUGGAGGGUCCUAGCAGGGCUGAGAUCUCCUUCGACGACCGUAAAGACGGAUCUUGUGGCAUCUCUUAUGUAGCUACAGAGCCUGGUGAUUAUGAGAUUUCGGUGAAGUUUAAUGACCAGCACAUCCCAGACAGCCCCUACCUGGUUCCUGUUGUCGCUCCGGUGAACGACGCCCGGCGCCUCACUGUUGCCGGCCUUCAGGAAUCCGGUCUCAAAGUGAAUCACCCAGCAUCCUUUGCUGUGCGUCUGAAUGGAGCGCAGGGCAAGAUGGAGGCCAAAGUCCACAGUCCAUCCGGAGCUCUGGAGGAGUGUGUAGUCACAGAGUUGGACAGAGAUAAAUAUGCGGUUCGCUUCAUCCCGAGGGAGAACGGCAUCCACACCAUCGACGUGAAAUUCAAUGGUUCUCACAUUCCAGGAAGUCCUUUCCAGGUUCGGGUUGGAGAGCCGGGACAGACUGGAGAGCCCGGUCUGGUUUCAGCAUAUGGAGCUGGACUGGAGCGAGGCACCACAGGUACUCAGUCAGAGUUCAUCAUCAACAACACUAAAGCGGGCCCCGGGGCCUUGGCUGUGACGAUCGAGGGUCCGUCUAAAGUUAAGAUGGACUGCCAGGAGAUUCCAGAAGGCUAUAAAGUGCACUACACCCCCAUGGCACCUGGAAACUACCUGAUCAGCAUCAAAUAUGGUGGGCCGAACCACAUCUCUGGUAGUCCCUUCAAGGCCAGAGUCACAGGCCCUCGGCUGGUGAACGUGACAAACGCCAGUGAGACGUCCACCCUGACUCUGGAUCCGGCCGUGCGUUCGUCCAGCAGCAGCCUCACUCAGAGUUCCGUGCCCAGACCAGGAGACUCCGAUGCCAGCAAAGUUCUGAGCCGAGGACCUGGCCUCAGCAAGGCCUUUGUGGGUCAGAGGAGCAGCUUCUCGGUAGACUGCAGCAACGCUGGUAAGAACAUGCUGCUGGUGGGCGUUCACGGCCCUCAGGUUCCCUGUGAGGAGGUCCUAGUCAAACACCUGGGUAACCUGCAGUACAACGUCAGCUACCUGCUGAAGGAGCGGGGCAGUUACAUCCUGGUGGUCAAGUGGGGCGACGAUCACAUCCCAGGGUCUCCGUUUAACGUCACCGUCCCAUGAUGCACUGCAACAACAGAAGCUGCACUGUGAAUCAACGAGAACGCUGCUGCUGAACAAAAAGCUCUGCGCUGAGUUUCUUCAUCUCAGAGAAAAAAAAUCGAGUUUUUCUGGAAGACGGUUGAUGUUUGGUACAAUUCCUUAACGGCUCCGGAAAAAGGUGUCAGUUUAAAAACGCAGGAUCUUUUAACUCUAAAACAGUUUUUGUUUUGCUGUAAAUCCAGGAAACAAAAAGGUGAAUUGAAUCUAUUGUAAAGUUGAGUAACAAAAUCUAACGAGUUGAUUACUGCUGCCCUGGAAUUAGGAGUGAAAUCAGUUUGCACUUACCACAUUUAAUACUAUUAACUAAGGAUCUCGAUAUAUUUGUCUCUUAUUUUUCAAUUAAUGUGGAACUGAAUUUAGAAAAUUCUCUAAAUGACCAACACUGUUAAAAACUGGAAUACCGCAGCACCUUCCUACUGGAUGUUUGUCAGGAACAAAGAUGCCCCGAGAAACCGGCCAAUAAUGAAUACAACUGCUUUAAGGUUUUGUGAAUUAAAAGGUCUUAACUGGAGUUCACAUUUUAACUCUAAAAAUCAAAGUCAAAGUUUGUGCAACUACUGAAAUUUUUGUUUUGUUUUGGUUUUUGUUAUUGAACUUCAGCUCCCAGAAUUCCGUGCUCCUUUAAUGUUGCCAUAUAUCGGGACUGUUUAUGCUGCCUUCCAACUGCUGUUUCCUGUCCUGCUCAGCAGACUGAGUCAGAGUUCAGAGUUUUGGGAACGUAUUUGUCAUCCGUCCCAUCCUGAAUUGUAACACGAACGAAUUUGAAUCUGUUUGGUUCUGAUCCGUUUUGACCCAGAUAUUCAGAUCUCUGAUUAGCUGAUCAGACCGGCAGGAUCAGGUCAGGUUUUCAGUUUGUGUUUAAAUGUUGAGGAAAGUCUGUUUUUGUGUCCUAAACCUCCUCACUGUCUGAAAGAAACUUUGUACUGCUGGUGGGAGAAGCUUCUCAUUUUGUAUUAGGGAGUGUGUUUUUAAUGUGAAACUAAAUUCUGAUGUACUGUAAAUUUGAUAAUAAAAUUAAACUGCAAUCUAAAA